AUGUACCUCAAUGCCCUUGUGGCGGCCCUCGUGCUUGUCUCCCCAAUAUGGGUGAGUGCAGCUUACCGCAACGACACAUCUGCGGCCUUGAUGCAAGAUCCUUUCCUUGAGCUAGUUGACGGGUGUCCUCCCUGCCCUCGAUGCUUCGAUUGCCACUACGAGGAGUUCAAGUGCCUACAGUUCGCCAGCUGCGGGAGUGUCAAUGGGAAAUGUGUCUGCCCUCCCGGGUUUGGUGGCGACGACUGCGCAGAGCCUUUAUGCGGUUCCUUGGCAGAUGGCAAGAAUCGGUCACCACGGAAGGGCGAUAAGUGUGACUGCAAGGAUGGCUGGGAAGGGAUCAACUGCAAUGUGUGUACCUCGGACCAAGCUUGCAAUGCUCUGAUGCCUUCGGGUGAAGGCGGCGUGUGCUACAAGAAGGGUGUCCUUGUUCAAGAGAACUUCCAGAUGUGCAACGUUACCAAUAAGGCCAUUCUGGACCAGAUCGACCCUAGGAUACCCCAGGUCACCUUUUCCUGCAAUGCCGAGGAAGCCACCUGCAAUUUUCAGUUCUGGGUCGAUCAGAAGGAAUCAUUCUAUUGCGCACUCGACAAUUGUACGUCCAGCUAUCAGGAUACCAAUGCUCGCAACACCACGAAAUACACUUGCCAGAACAUCAAAUGCUCAUGCAUCGCGGAUCGGUUUCUUUGUGGCGAGGAUGGUUCCGUCAACAUCGACGAGUUUCUCGAGGAAGAGAUCAAGGGACCUGCCUCAUUCUAUACCCAGCACACCUAUGGUGGGAGCGCUAAAGAUGGGAGCAGAUUCGAAGAGCCUGCGAUGAACAACCUAAUUUCCAUGAUCUUUGGCGACGAGUACAUUUCCUUACAAUGCAGAUCAGGGGAAUGCUUGUAUGAGACUGAUGUGCCUGGAUUCACAAGACCCAUUAAAGAGAUUAACACCCCUUUGAUCGCUGGCGUUAUUGCAGGGUGCGCCUUGUUCGUGGUUGCUAUCACGCUCGUAGCAUGGUACCUGUCCCAUAGGCGAGCCCUCAGACGAUGGGGAGCUAUCCGACUUGGCGAAGGCACGGAAGAUGAUGCUGCAGCAUCAAUGAUCAACCAUACUCCUAUGGCUUUGCAGUUCGAAAACGUGUCCUACGGCCUCAAAGGGAAAGAAAUUCUCUCUGGCAUAUCCGGAAUCGCUCAUCCCGGCCAAAUCACUGCCAUCAUGGGUGCUUCAGGUGCUGGUAAAUCCACAUUCCUUGACAUCCUGGCUCGCAAGAACAAGCGCGGGGCAGUCGUGGGCAGCAUGUACGUCAACGGCGAGAAGAUUCUGGACGCAGAGUAUCGAAAUGUCAUUGGUUACGUGGACCAAGAAGACACUCUGCUGCCGACUUUGACAGUUCACGAAACCAUCUUGACGAGUGCGCUCUUGAGAUUGCCUGCAGAUAUGGGUAUUUCAGUCAAGGAACAACGAGUCAUCGAGGUCAUGCAGCAACUCGGGAUCUACCAUAUCAAGGAUCAAAUAAUCGGGUCAGCAGAAGGGAACGGUCGAGGCGUCUCUGGCGGCGAGAAGCGAAGAGUGGGCAUCGCCUGUGAGCUCGUCACGAGCCCGAGCAUUCUGUUCUUGGACGAACCGACCAGCGGUCUGGAUGCCUUCAAUGCCUUCAACGUCGUGGAGUGCUUGGUCACUCUGGCUAAGACGUACAACCGAACCGUAAUCUUCACAAUACAUCAACCCCGCUCGAACAUCGUCGCACUGUUCGACCAGUUGAUCCUCCUCGCCAAAGGCAAGACCGUCUACUCUGGGCCUUUCUCGAGCUGUCAGUCAUAUUUCGAUCACAUCGGAUACUCUUGUCCGCCGGGGUUCAACAUCGCAGACUACCUUGUGGAUCUGACAAUGCAUGCUAGUCUCCCGCGUUCUCCAGUAUUUGAAGAUGUGCCGAGAGAUUUGUUGGAUCGAGAUGGCCCGGGAACCGAGUCAAGUAGCACCAGAGCCGUCAAGUCAAUUGCCAGCGUGUCAAAUGUCAGCGUUGAAAGUCCUCGGGAACCAUCACUACGGAUAAAGCCGAAACGUCGUAUUUCCUUGAAACAGAAGCAGGACCGUCAAUUGUUCACUCGGAAGAAAGCUACUGGAAAUGAGACUCCACCGACACCCAAGACCGAUGAUGAAGACACGAUAAUUGGCAAAGCAACAGGCAGCAUGCGAAGCUGGUUGCAGAUGUCAAGGAGAGACGGGUCGAAUCCGCCCCCACUGCUGGAAGAUCCCGAUGACCUACCACCAGACGCCAACACGGAUCUCGACAUACUAGUCACGAAUUUCAAGAACUCCGACGUGGCCCAGACGAUUCACGACGAGAUUGCCUCGUCAAUACAAGCCGCGUCAGCCGCAAACGGCCAUAGUAGUGGAGGUGCAGUUGUUGAGCCGGUCACAGGCUCCAUCAAAGGUUUUCGGCGCGUGAGCCUCCCGCGCCAGUUUUUGAUUCUCUCCAAGCGGACAUGGCGGAAUCUAUAUCGAAACCCGAUCCUGAUGUUGACUCACUAUGCUGUUGCCAUCCUGCUAGCAGUGUUGUCAGGCUGGUUAUUCUACGGUAUCACCGACGACAUUGGAGGCUUCCAGAACCGACUUGGUCUCUUUUUCUUCCUGCUGGCACUAUUUGGCUUCAGUGCUUUGACCAGCCUAAACGUGUUCAGCGCGGAGCGGCUGAUAUUCGUCCGGGAACGAGCUAACGGAUACUACCAUCCUCUCACAUACUACGCUGCGAAGCUCCUGUUCGACAUUGUUCCGCUCAGGUUGAUCCCGCCGAUCAUAAUGGGUAUGAUCCUCUAUCCGAUGUGUGGGCUGUUGCCAAAGUGGGGCGUCUUCUUUACUUUUAUACUCGUGCUGGUCUUGUUCAAUUUGGCCGCAGCGGCCAUCUGCUUGACGAUAGGCAUUGUGUUCAAAGACGGGGCUGUGGCCAAUUUGAUUGGUAGUUUGGUAAUGCUGUUCAGCUUGUUGUUUGCUGGCCUGCUUCUCAAUCUCAAUCACGACACCGUCCAGCAAGCGGCUCAGUGGCUGCAAAUGUUGUCCAUCUUCCACUAUGGCUACGAAGCCCUUAUCGUCAACGAGGUUGCCAAGCUACGUCUCAAGGACCACCGGUAUGGCCUUGACAUAGAAGUUCCUGGAGCCAGUAUCUUGAGCGCCUUCGGGUUCGACAAUCUGGCAUUGUGGAAGGAUGUCAUCGGCCUGGGAGUCUUUGCCGGGGCCUUCAUCAUCAUUGCCUAUAUUGCGAUGCAUUUCUUGCUUGUUGAAAAGAGAUAG